AUGAACAACCACUACCCUUACGGGUACCCGCCGUACCCAGGCCAGCCGCCUGCUCAACCGCAGCAGCAGCAGCCCUACUCCUACCCGAUUCCACCGCUUUUCGCUCAAUACCCUCAGCACAAUGAAAACACCUUUGAUGCUGUUUCGCAUACACAGCCCGCGUACGAGCAGAAUCAAAACAUGAUUCCUGGCCUUGGCGGCUACGGUCAUCUCCCUCAGCUUCCCCAGCUUCCUCAAGGCUUUGGUUGGCAGCAAUCGCACGAGCAGCAGCCAGCUCCUCAGCAUCACUGGCAGGCCCCAAGAGACGGUCCCAAUCUCAUCCCAGCGUCGCAGUACUACCAGGCCGACAACGUCCCGAUGCCCAAGGCCCCCGUCGCCUCCGGUGCUCUCCCUCCUACCGCGCCGAAGCGAUCUACGAAGCAAACAUCGAACGAUGCCGAGGAAGGCGAGCUCUCCGACGGCGAACUCGACGAUGUGUACGAGCCUCAGGAGACCCUUCCAGAGGCGAACUCACGCCAGCAACGCCGAAACGCGCCGAAUGCUGCAAAUGCAAACGCGCGCAAUGGCAAGAGCAGUGUCGGUUAUCCCAUCGCCAGCUCCUACGGUGGCCCAAAAGAUGGUGGGAUGAAGCACCCUGCAGGUGGUAAUGACCGAGAGCAUUCCGGAUCAUACUCCCCUCAUCUGUCUCCUCACGAAGUUCACCCGCGCAUGGCGCCCAACAAUCAACAUGGCGCUUCCUCCUCGCAGACGCAUGUGUCUGGUGGACAGUUCAAUCAGCCUGUUGCGACAGCCGCCAGUCAGCAGCAGCAAGGCAAGAAUGCAGUGGAGGACGCUAGGCAGAGAGCUCGGUCCGCUAUCAGCAACCUUUGGCCUCUGGGUGUCCGCCGUCAGGACUUUGUCGAUGAGGGUAUUGACAAGACCGUUGUUGACAACCUCUUGACUGACUUGAAGCUGGAUACCAAAGCCCCCAGCCAAUUCUCCAUCCCAGGCCUUUCCACUCCCGCAUCAUUGCCCGGGCUCUCUUAUGCCUCUGGUCAGCCUGCCUCUCAACAGGCCAGAACGUCAGGCCCAGCGCUUCCCCCAAAGCCCCCGGCUCAACAACAGUCAUCGCCUUCAGCGGUGAAGUCGGCUGGAGAAGAGAGAAAGGAUCGUAUUGCUCGCCUGUUAGCUGCAAAGGGUGCAAAGACGACAGCAUCUUCGUCCACCAACACUGGUGCACAAGCUGGUGCGUCAAACGACAAGACACUUGUCCAGCAACAAAAGAUGGAUGCUCUGCAGAAAUCCCGUGAAGCCCGCGCUCAGAAGGCAGCGGAUCGCAAAGGAUCUUUGCAAUCCUCUCAAUCAAAGGAGGCUUCCCCAGUUGAUCCUUCUCGCAGACCUCAAUCAGCAGCUGCUAACGUGCCGGUCGUGGUGCCUGCAAGCUACCUUGCUCGGCCCAAUGCCCUGCAACAAUCGGCCGAUCGUCAGACUGCUCCGGCUUCAGCCAUUCCUGGUCUUUUCACAUCUGCUCCACAGCCUGCGCCUAUCAUCAACCAGCGUAAAAGACCCGUCGCAUCCGACUUUGUGGCCAAUCCUUAUGCCAAUAAACGCCCGUUCGGCCAUACUCAGCAAGACACCCGCUUUGUCAUUGAUGUUAGUGAAGGGUCUGAUGACGAGGAUGUUGAGAUGGAGAUUGGUUCUCCCACGGACGAGCCAUCAAGCACUCAGCAAGACACACCAUCUCUGAGACCGGCAUCUUUCCGCGACUUUCCGCCCCUGUCCAAUGGUCUUCAACGCCAGCUUUCGAGCCCUGCUCCAAGCAACGUCACCACCCCUCAGUCCGGCGCUGUAGGCUCUCAGCCAAAGCAAGCUCAUAUUGACGUCAUGGACAAGCAGAUUGAGGCCAUGAAGCGCAAGAUCGCCUUGGCUGAGGCUCGCGCCAAGCUCAAGGCGGCCAUGGGCGAGAAGUCACUUGGCCAGAAGUCGGCUGGACAGACACUAGAUACUCCUCUUGAUUCGGAUGGUGGCAAGCCAAGCAUGCGAAGAGUCCAGUCUAUGGGUGAUUCCCAUGCAUCUGAUCCGCCCAACGGCCAGCAGUCACCCGCGAUCGCCGAGCCCAGCAGCUCAAUGCGCUUGCCCAAGCCAUCGGAUAACCGCAUUCAAGGUGACUCUAGUCGCUCUCAGAAGCUUCGGACUGUUAGCACCAACCUCCCGCUCCUCGAGAAUAGACUGCAGACGAAGAAGAGCAAGCUCCGCCUUCUUCAGAUCCAAAUGUCUCGCCUAGAGCAUGAGAUUCGAGAAGAGGAGACCGAGAAGCACAAGUUGACAGAGGAGAUGGAGCAGCUCGAACAGGACUCGGACGAGUCUUCUGAGCCUCAGAACCAGCUCAAAAGCAAUUCCGUCGAUCCCGUUGCCACUGCAACGUCCACAGUUCCCCAGUCCGAGAUGCAGACUCCUUUGCCUGCUGCCGCAGACGCUGAGCAGAGUUCAAGCAAAGUGGCUGAACAAUCUAGCAGUGCUGCAAGCGUGCGUCGCAGCAAGUCUCCUGCAAUGAGCCUCGACAAGGACGCUUCCGACGCGGCAGAUGAUGCCGAAAACGCGGUCACUGGUAAAGCCGCAACGAGCCCCUCUCAAGUCCCACCCUCCACAGAGACCCCCAUGCCUGCGCUUCAUGAGACUCCUACCAGCCCCGAGACUGCGGGUGAUGAUGAUGCAAUCACUAGUGAUGAUGCCUCCGAUGUUGCCAUGGCCGAGUCCGAUGACUCCAGCUCAUCCGAGCCAGAGCAUGAAGACGACUACGAGCCCGCUGAGAAUGUUGUUCCGGCAGCUGCCGCGAAGUCUCCGUCCACCAGCCCAGUCGCAGCAGAGAGCGCUGUUUCGCUUGUCAACAGUGACACUGACUCACAGCAACCGAGUGCCAGAGCCUCACAGAUUCCCGAACAGAUCUCGCUGGGAGUCAACGAGUCGACCCCUGAGCAGGAUGUCAACGCCGCCCCGCUUGCCACACAGAGCACUGAUGAGGCAUCAUCGUCUGGAGAACGCUUCACCCCUUACGAGAGUCCGCUGCAGUAUUUCCGUGCUUACCGAUACCAUCCCAAGUUUGCUGAAACCGUCCCUGGCGGGCUCCGGUCCCUCACCUACAGCAACAGGAUUGAUCCGAAUCUGCCCAUCUGCCCAGACCAGCUGGCCAGCCGGGAAUGCCCUCGGGGUGCUGACUGCAUUUACCAGCAUUUCGAGUCCAUGAAGCUGCCGGACGACCAGAUUCUCCUCCAGUUGGGUGGCACGACCCUGGAAGGACCCGAGAAGACGCAAUUCAAUGAUGGAUUGCGCAAGUUGUUGCAAGAGAUGAGAUCGCAGAACAUCAAGGACUUCCCCAGCAUUGCAAAGGGCAUAGUCGAGUACCACAACCGCUUUACUGGCGACCCGUCAAAGAUCCUGCCUCUUGGCAAUGUUUCGAUCUGA